CUCUCGCAACUAUCACCGUAGUUGCAAUCUCUAGUCCCGAAGCUGAACCAAACUUACAGAAAAAGGAUGCCGAGCCUCUCCUCAAGAAAAAGGAUGCCGAACCUCUCCUCAAGAAAAAGGAUGCCGAACCUAUCCUUAUGAAAAAGGAUGCCGAACCUAUCCUCGAUAAAAAGGAUGCCGAACCUCUCCUUAAGAAAAAGGAUGCCGAACCUCUCCUUAAGAAAAAGAAUGCAGGGAUCAAGAAAAGGGAUCCAAUCUUAAUGAAAAAGGAUCCAAUCUUAAUGAAAAAGGACCCAAUCUUAGGCCUCCGCAUAAGACGG